CAGAUACACAUUGAUAGCAUACUACGACAUGUACGCGCAAAUAUAUACGACCACGAAGAUAUGGAUACAAUUGCUCCUCAUCUGGAUCGUGUCAUUCGGAUUCAUGAUUCCCCCCCUGCUCGGCAUCUGGGGUCAACUAGGGCUGGAGAAGAACACGUUUUCGUGCACGAUAUUACCGAAGAACGGGCAGUCGCCGAAAAAAGCGUUGUUCGUUUUCGGCUUCGCGUUGCCCUGCGUCGCGAUCAUCGUCUCGUACUCGUGCAUCUAUUGGCGCGUCAGACAGAGCAAACGGAAACUUGAAGGACACGGUAAACUCAGCGGCCAGACUGCGAAAGAGAAAGAAGAAGACUCUAGACUGACGAGGCUGAUGCUGACCAUCUUCGUGUGCUUCCUCGCCUGCUUCCUGCCGCUGAUGAUCAUGAACGUCGCCGACGACGACAUCACGUACCCCUGGCUCCAUAUCAUCGCCUCGAUCCUGGCGUGGGCGUCCAGCGUGGUCAACCCGCUGAUCUACGCGGCCACCAACAGGCAGUACCGGGCCGCCUACGCCAACCUCCUCAAGUUCUGCAAACUCAGCCCCGCCUCCCGAAGAACUACGUACGGCAGUCGAACCAUGGCGCAGUCCUCCAACUGAUCGGUAAACAAUCAAACCAAAACAACUAAUUUAAUACAGUAAUCGCCUAUAACACGGCAGAUUGGAUCGCGUUAUAUGAGUGAGCCCGCAUAACGCGCUUCCAUGA